GGAGUCCCCAGCCUCAUGAAUCCAAUAACUAAGCCUGCUACCACCACUUCUUUCAAUGCUUCUGUGGCUGAGAUUCCAAGGAAGCGCAAAGGAAGUGAUUCUGAUAACCAGGAUACAGCUGAAGUCGAUGGUGAUCCUCAGAAAAGGAGUGAAGAUGAAGAACAUGUUAAAAUGAAAGAUUUCAGGGAGGCUCACAGUCAAACAGAGAAACGAAGAAGAGACAAAAUGAAUAAUUUGAUAGAGGAGUUGUCUGCUAUGAUACCUGCGUGCAAUCCCAUGGCACGAAAACUAGACAAGCUUACAGUGUUACGCAUGGCUGUGCAACACUUAAAAUCCUUAAAAGGUUCAACCAGCUCCUACACGGAAGUCCGGUAUAAACCUUCAUUUUUAAAGGAUGAUGAGCUCCGACAGUUAAUCCUUAGGGCUGCAGAUGGAUUCUUGUUUGUGGUUGGAUGCAACAGAGGAAAAAUUUUGUUUGUCUCGGAAUCAGUUUGUAAAAUACUGAAUUAUGAUCAGGCCAGUUUAAUUGGACAAAGUUUGUUUGAUUACUUGCAUCCAAAGGAUGUUGCAAAAGUGAAGGAGCAACUUUCUUCUUCAGAUAUCUCUCCUAGGGAGAAGCUCAUAGAUGGGAAAACUGGCUUGCAAGUACACACAGAUUUUCAAGCUGGACCAGCUCGACUGAAUUCUGGUGCUCGACGUUCCUUCUUCUGUCGGAUAAAAUGUAGUAGGAACACAGUCAAAGAAGAAAAGGAGUGCUUGCCUAACCCAAAGAAGAAAGAUCACAGAAAAUACUGUACCAUUCACUGUACUGGGUAUAUGAAGAACUGGCCUCCUAAUGAGGUGGGAGUAGAAGAGGAAAAUGAUGUAGAAAAGGACAGUAGUAACUUUAACUGUCUUGUUGCAAUUGGGAGGUUACACCCUUACAUUGUUCCACAAAAGAGUGGAGAGAUAAAAGUCAAAGCAACAGAAUUUGUUACACGGUUUGCCAUGGAUGGAAAAUUUGUUUAUGUAGAUCAGCGUGCAACAGCAAUUUUAGGGUAUCUGCCACAGGAGCUUCUAGGAACUUCUUGUUAUGAGUACUGCCAUCAAGAUGAUCACAAUCAUCUAGCUGAAAAACAUAAACAAGUGUUGCAGAAUAAAGAAAAAGUAUUUACAAAUUCCUACAAAUUUAGAGCAAAAGAUGGGACUUUUAUUACAUUAAAGAGCCAGUGGUUUAGUUUCAUGAAUCCGUGGACCAAAGAACUGGAAUACAUUGUAUCAAACAACACUGUGGUAUUAGGUCAUAAUGAGUCAGCUGAAGAACAGGUCCUCUACAGUUCCCAGCCUGCAGAAGAUACUGUAAAACAGUCUUUAGUAAGUGUACCUGGAAUGUCCUCUGGAACAGUUCUUGGUGCUGGAAGUAUAGGAACUGAAAUUGCAAAUGAAAUAUUAGAAUUGCAAAGGUUGCAUUCUUCACCGUCUGGGGAGUUAAGUCCAUCACAUCUCUUGAGAAAGUCACCUUCUCCAGCUUUAACUAUAAACUGCAGCAAUGUGCCAAAUAAAGAUUUGAUUCAGUUAUGUCCUUUGGAAACAGAAGUUCUAGAGACUUCAGAACAAACCCAGGGUGCUAUUCCAUUUCCCAGCAAUGAACCUCUCCUCAGUGGUAAUUCUCAUCUGGACUUCGAUGCCAUCUGUGAAAAUGAGGACACUGCUAUGACAGCUCUUAUGAAUUACUUGGAGGCUGAUGGAGGACUUGGGGAUCCAGCUGAACUCAGUGAUAUACAAUGGGCUCUAUAG